UCGCCCAGGGGGUCCCGGGCCGGGGCGGAGACCGCAGCUCGGGCCCCGUCGUGGCCAACGCGCCGCACAGACGAAGCCCCAGCGGAGGGAGGGCCCAGAGGAGUCAGGCGGCGCGCGGGCGGCUCCGCCAGGCUGUGCCAGGAGCUCGAGCGGCCGCAGGACCCCCGGGCGGGCGGGCGCGCGCUGCCCGAGCGGGCCGGGCAUGAGGCUGCAGUGCGAGGUGGAGGUGCGGAGCCGCCUGCUGCCCACCUGCGGCCUGCGGGGCCGGGCCAAGGGCGCCCACGCGCUGCUCUCCCUGGGCCGGCAGCCCGACAGGCCGCCCGGCCGCGGGGGGCCCAGCGCCGGCCACGGCGUCUACCUGAUGGUCUGCACCGCGCGGGACCGGGCCGGGGCCAGGUACAAGUUGAAGGAGAACAUUGAGCAGUUCUUCACCAAAUUUGUGGAGGAAGGGAAAGCUACUGUUCGUCUGAAGGAACCUGCAGUGGAUGUCUGUCUCAGCAAGGCAAAUGCUAGCAAUUUAAAGAGCUUCCUUGCAGCAGUGAGGCUGGCUCACCGAGGCACCGAUGUUGAAGCGUUGCCGCUCUCAGUCUUGGUACCAGCAAAGACUUCGGAAGUUGAAAAACCUAAAACUAAGAUGAUCAUUACGUCGAGACGAGACUAUCCGCUAACCAAAAAUUUCCCUUACUCCCUCGAACAACUGCAGGCCUCAUACUGCAAACUCGCCCGAGUCGACAUGCGAAUGCUUUGUCUGAAGAAACUCCGAAAACUAGACUUAAGCCACAAUCAUAUCAAAAAGCUGCCAGAAACUAUUGGUGACCUCGUCAGCCUUCAGGAGCUUAAUCUGCACAACAAUCACUUGGAGUCCUUCUGCGUAGCUCUGUGCAACUCCACGCUUCAGAAGUCUCUCCAGUUUUUGGACCUCAGCCAAAAUAAAAUCAAAGCACUUCCAGUUCAGUUUUGUCAACUGCAAGAACUCAUUCACUUAAAGCUGGAUGAUAAUGAGUUGAUUAGGUUGCCGUUCAAGAUGGGCCAGCUAAGUCAACUGCGCUUCCUGUCAGCAGCCCGUAAUAAGCUUCCUUUUUUGCCCAGUGACUUCAGAAAUCUCUCGCUUGAGAAGUUAGAUCUCUUUGGAAACCCUUUUGAACAGCCUAAUCCUCUUGUUCCCAGCAUACAGCUAAAAAUACCAUUAACUUUACUAGAAUCUGCUGCAAGAGCAACAGUAAAUUACAGAAUCCCUUACGGUCGUCAUCUCCUUCCUUCUCACCUCUGUGAAGAUCUGGAAGUAGCUAAAACAUGUCAGUGUGGAAGUGCCUGUCUAAGCUGCUUCAUUCAGACAACAGUGACCAUGAAUCUCCACCACGUAGCUCAUACUGUGGUCCUUGUAGAUAACAUGGGCGGUACAGAGGCACCCAUUGUCUGUUAUUUUUGCUCUCUAACUUGUUAUUCCCAGUUUCUAGAUAGAUAUCUGCAGAGUAAUAGGUGACCUUAAGGGACAGCAAAGGCACUGUUGUGGGAAGUUUCAUCCAGUGAUGGAGGACUCUGAAAUCAAAUGUUGCUUGGCUGUCCUUGUUUGCUAUUAUGAAAUGGAGACAAACCAUUGAAUGUGCACUACAAAUAGUUAAUAAUGUCAAACUUACAAAGCCUUCUCACUGUAAGCCUGAUGUGGUGUAUCUGUGCUUUAAAGUUUCUUUAAUCUUAAGUAGCUAUCACUUUAGUGCAGAGAGAGAGAUCGCUCCCAACUUGAAUCUUCUUAGUAAGAAUGUAUUUUAGCUUGCUUAUAUGGCUGUAACUUUCUCCAAAGCUUCAUUAUUUUUUCUCUGUAUGCUUUUUUUUUAAAUGGAUUAGGUGACCUCUCCUUGCCAGAAGGAGAGAGUUGGGUGAAUUUCUGCUUGUUUCUGUUGUCAAUCUUGUACGCCCUCCCUUGCUUGAUGCUCUGAAUUCUAUCAGCUAGAGAGUACUAGACUUUUUUCCUAGUCCAGAAUCUCCUAUUCUCCUUCGAAAUAGCACAGUGUGGUGCCUUUCCUGCCAGCGAGCAGGAGUCCUAUGUCUAUUCACUCGCUUGUUUAUUGCGGAACAACAAAGUAUUCUGCUGCCAAAGAGCAUGACUAGUUCUAAAACACUCUUCAGGUAUCUUCGGUUCCAUAAACAAUUCCAUGUAUAGGGUGCUCACCUCAAACAGGAAACAGUAUUAUGAUUUUUUUAUCUGAACAAAUGUUUGUGUGUUUUUAUAACUGUCAUAUGAGAGAGAAAUGACAGCUUCACAUUCACAACCUAAAUUGUUUACUAUUUCUAAGCAUCAUGCAAAUUUUUAAGGUUCUUGGGAUGUUCAUUAUGUGAUUACGUCAGUUAUUAAAUGGUGAAAUUCU